AUGAAGGAUCUUCUUCUCGACGAUGAUCUCUUGGUUCCUAUUGUUGAAAUGGAGCCUUGGGCAUGCCUUGAAGAAGCGGACUUUUCUUUCAACGAGCUGAAAAACAUUGACGAAAGCGUCCGACUACUGGGGGGUGUUCGAAAGCUGAACUUCAGUCACAACAAUGUGACGGAUAUUGGACCUUAUCUCCAACAUCUUACCUGCCUUACAGAAUUGGAUUUGUCUUCUAAUGGAAUCACUUCAGUGCAGCACUGGAAUGAAAUGUUGGGUAAUUUGAAAAAGCUGGUUCUAGCCAACAAUGCAAUAAAAGAUGUAUCUGGAUUAGCUCGCCUUUACUCCUUGGAAUUUCUGGAUUUACGGCAUAAUGACAUAGAUACGGUGGCUUCGGUGUACCCUCUAGGUGGACUGCCAUGUUUGGAGGUUCUCCAUUUGCGUGGCAACCCCGUUCGGAAAAUGGUAGAAUAUCGAACCAGAAUUUUGGAAGCUUUUGGUGACAGGAGCUGGGAGGUAAAACUUGACGGCAGAGCGCCAGAUGAUCGUGAGAAGGAUACCAUACGAUUGCGUUUGGCCUUGCGCCGUGCUAAGGAAGAGAAAGAAGAGAAGGAAAGAAAGCGAAGAGAGAAGAUAGAGGAGAAAAUACGGUACAUAUCUGGAGAUGUUGGUGUGUUCGCAGACGAAGUCGAGUCUAGCUAG